GUCCCUCUGCACAUUCUGCAGUAACUGCAGUGACAGCAGCUAUAUAAACACCCCAUAUUGGACCGACCCCCAACGCUAAUUACGCCAAAUCUCUCCCACAAACUGCAUGUGAGUAUGGCUGGAGAGUGCAGACAGGUGGCCAUCAUGAAUCAGCGAGAGCAGAUGGAGCAGCAGGGGCAGUGGAGGAUCACAGUGUGGGAAGAGGAAAACUUCCAGGGCAAGCGCUGUGAGUUCUUGCUGGAGUGCCCAAACAUUCUGGACAGGGAUUUCCAAAAGAUUCGCUCUAUCAAGGUGGACAACGGCCCCUGGGUGGCUUAUGAGUACCCAGAGUAUCAGGGUCAGCAGUUCAUCCUGGAGAAGGGAGAUUAUCCCUGCUAUCAGGCCUGGAGCGGAAACAGCAGCUACCGCACUGAGCACCUGCUUUCCUUCAGACCCAUCAAGUGUGCUAACCACAGUGACAGUAAAAUUACCCUGUAUGAAUGUGAGGACAUGAUGGGACGCAAGUUUGAGAUGUGCGAUGACUACCCCUCUCUUCAAGGCAUGGGCUGGUGCAGUAAGGAGGUUCCUUCAAUGAAAGUCAACUCUGGAGCCUGGGUGGGCUACCAGUUUCCAGGGUACCGUGGAUACCAGUAUAUCUUUGAGAGAGACAGACGUCAGGGAGAAUACAGGAAAUACUAUGAGUAUGGCACCCAGGCCCACAGCAAUCAGAUCCAAUCAAUCCGCAGAAUUCAGCACUAAGUCCGCCCCCACUCUUCUCCUAUUGGCUACUGUGUAUCAAGUGACAGCGUGAUAAUGACACGAAAUAGAUAAUAAACGCUUUUUCAAACUCCAGAAAAAA